AACAAAUUCAGACACAAAUAUGUUUCCCAUUUGUGACACAAUAUACCAAAAGGCGGUUCAAAUGGAAAUGGCUGUCCUUCCCAUCGCCAGACCUACUCUCGACUCUGACCAUACAUUUAGCGAAUUAGAAGGCAAUCGAUUCACGGAAUUACUAUUUGCCACAAAAUGCAUGAAAAAUGAAUUGAAAACUAUAUACACAUCGGAGGUGUUCUCAGUCGACGACUUUUUCGUGACAUUAGACCUGAAGUGCGAACAAGAAGUGCGCAAAUUAAUCAAAUCGUGUAAAUCGUUGAUAUGUUUCAACGAGAUAUGUGAGCAGGACCGUAACACUCUCAUCAAAUCACAAUGCGUUCAGAUUUAUAAACUCAGAUCAGUUGCAUAUUUUGAUGAAUUCAAUGAGUGCUGGAAUAUUGAGCUGGACGAAAACAAUAUAAUUAAAGUUAGCCCGAACGUAAUGCAAAAGAAAGGAGACCUUGAUCAACAAAUAUUGGAUCUGAUGACAGCAAUAAUUCUGUUUAACCCUGAUAUCAAUGUUCUAAUAGACCGAGAGGCUAUCAGGAUGGAGCAAAACAAUUACAUGCAUUUACUGAAACGUUAUCUACAAAUCAAGUUCAGCUCUAUAUGCGAGUCAAACGGAAAUUUACUGUUUUUGGGCGCUUUUGACAAAAGGAUACGACGAUCACAAACUGACAGACCUCGUAAUCGGAUCCCAGAUCUCAUACAAGAGAUUCUGGACCUGGCUAAUAAUUGUCAUUAUAAUAGCACUAGUGAGACCGAAUAUUCCAUCACUAUUCUUCAAUAA